AUGGGCGCCAUCAACUCGUGCAUAUGCUUGGGGGCGAAAAAGUACCGCUUCAAGGACUUAAUCGUCUCCGUCUAUCCCGACGACAUCCACGGCGGCCCCGACGCGGAUGCGCUAGCCAAGCUCAACAGCUACGCAUCCAGCAAUCCAGAGAGUAUUCCUCGCGUGUGCCGCAAGAUCGGUAAACUGCUUCGCGUUCACCUUGCGAAGAAGAAAGAGAGCCGAGUCAUGGUGUCUGUACUCAUGCUGCGCUCCCUCAUCGAGCACUCCGCCCACGUGAACGACUUUGUGCCCCACAGUGUGGACAUAUGUGCCCUGCUGCUCUCAACGAACGUGUCGCGCUACCACGUUGGUGCCGCGGAUGUGCUGAGCACGCUGUGCUAUCAGCUCAGCACGCAGCCCGACACAGACUCGGCGCGCCGGCUGAUGGCAGACAACAAAGACCGUCUUGUACCGCAGCUGCUGAAGAUGACGCACGAUCACAUAGCGUUGUGGAAGGAUGCAAGAGCUGUGCAGACGCGCUACGCCGCGAUCCUGGCGCUCGGCAACAUCGCUAACUGCAUCCACAUAGCCCUGGCCGGGAAUGCGGCGGUCAUCAUGCAGGCCAUGAUCGUCAACCUCAUUCUUGUACUGCGGGAGUGCGUGCAGGAGCCUCUCAGUGAUUCGUGGGUGCGCCUCCUGGCGAAGCAGCACUACGGCAGCUCUGAUGCAACGUGGGCGGCUAGCCCCAUCGUGCAACUCCCGGUGGAAACGGAAGAGCAGGAUGUCGUGUACGCGCUGGCCUGCAGCCGUGGCAUUGGUGCGACGGCGGCCUGCACCACCACGGCCGGCGUCGGGGAGCUGCUGAACCGCGUCACGACGCUGCUGGAGAAGCAGGAUGGAUGGGGGAUACCGUACGUACCGUCGCUCGUGUUCAGUGACAUUGUGUCUGCCAUGCAGCGCCGCCCACAGCAGCUGGGCUUCUCCGUGUACCAGUGCCUGUGCGAUGUGGGGCAGCGCACGUCUGACCCGAGCGUGCGUAUUGGUGUGCUGCGCUCCCUGCAGACCUGCGUAGACGUGUUGCCAAUGACGGGUGGUCGCCCGACGGUGGUGCUGGAUCGCAUUAUGAGCAUUAUGCAGCUGCUCAUGGCCGGCAGCACUGCAGACGGGGCCGAUGCUGCAGACGAGGGCAGUGUAGAGAGCGCGCGUCUCACGAAGGAGACACACAACGCCGUCGUAAUACUCAUCGGCCGGCUUCUUCGCUCUACUUACCGGCAACACAAUGCAUCGCAGCUGCAGAGCAUCCUCAUCUCGCUGCGGCACCUGCUCGAGACGGCACAGAGCAGCGGGACACCGCAUCCGACGCUGGCGCUGCGGCUCCUUGUCGUGGCCGCGCCGUACCUGCGCUCUGUGCCAUUGGUGGACCGCAGAGACAUGCGAGUAACAAACGUGCUCGAUCUCUACCUCAAUGGUGGCGGCGACGAUGUGCAGCGGCGCUUGGCGUCGCGCGUGCUGACUGGCAUCCUCGCCGGCAUCCCGGUGCAGAGGCACGGCGCGGUAGGAAACGGUGAUGGCGACAGGGCGAAUGCGGCGGCACUCACUGCUGCGUUCUCGGCAACAUCAUCAUCACCCGUAGACACGGAGACAUUGCUUACAGACGAGGAGGACGUUGCCUUCGCGCAGGAGUGGGUGAAGCGGGUAUCAAGAGAAACGGAGGGAAUCACGCCGCUGACGGUGGUGUCAGUCGCUGACGUUCUCUGCGCUCUCAUGGCAGGCUACGGCGUGAGUGGGCUGCCCUUCACACUCGCGUUUUUGUGGACGCUGCAGAGGCGCUGCGUGCGCGCAGAGCCGGCGAGUGCAGCGGCCGCAGCAGUACCGACUUUGGCAGCAGCGCAGCAAGACGACAGCACCAACGCCUCCACCGUGGCGGCGACAACGAUGUCCGCGUCGAGGACCGCCACGUCGCCCCUCACCCGCGCCUGGUUACACAUGAUUGCGGCCUUACUGGUCUGCUGUGGCCGCGUGUACGCCAUUCCAAAGCUCCAUUUGUAUGGGCAAGAGAUACUGGAGAAGAGAGCUGCAGCUGGCCAGCUGGCGAGCUGCUUCGAGCCUGCCCUGCGCGUCGCCGGGCACGCCACGGAUGUGUACACGAUCAGCGGACUACGCUACCUCGUCUCCGAGAAGAGUCGCCCGCUCGCGACAGACUUCACAGAGGCACCUGUGUCAAAGUUGCCGUCGUUCAGCUACGUGUCGAACAUCAUUGUGGACGCGGAUUGGCCAGAGGUCGCCGUCGUCUUCGGCGCCAGCGAGGAAGAAGAGCUGCAUGUGGUGAUUGAAGAAGUGUGCUUCCAGCCAGAGAGCGAGAUAAACGUGAGCCUGAUCAGAGUCAUCGACGCUCGCAACGCAUCGAUGUCCACCACCGACGCCACGUCGCCGCGGUCGUGUCACUUCUCCUUGAAUGUACAAGAUGAGGCCAAAGUAAGCACGCUGCGCUCUCUGCGCAUCUCUGUGGCAGACAACAGCAUCCCGCACACGCAGGACAGUCGCGGAGAGGUGCCGUUCAGCGCCGCUGCGACCACCACAGCCAAGAAGGUGCAGGAGAUCGCGAAGCACUAUAACGUGAGCGCAGAGACGCAGGUGCUGCAGCCGGAGACAAUGGCCACGCUUCCCCCGCUGCCGAUGCUGCCACUACCUAGAGAUGACGAGGAUACAUCAGGGGGGAUGAGUGAGUCAAGCGAACCUGCGUCGGAGGUACGCGGGAAGGCAAAGCCGCCGCCGCUGUACGCAGCUGGGUUCACGGCUGAGAACCGCUCCCGCAGCGGCGCCGGCAUGGAUAGCGCGGCGUGGGUGAAUCCGCUGAAUGUGGACGUUGGCAUUCAAGCGGCCCGCAAAGUGCAGACAGUGUUGUCCAUCCGUGCACUGCCAGCGGGUCGCUACGUGUCCAUGGCGUAG